AUGGUCAUCCUUCAAUGCGGUUGGGCGACUCUGUUCGCCAACCUCCUGUUGCCAGUGGGCAUUCUUAUCUUUUCCUCCGGAUUCUUCCCCUAUAAGCCUCUCCUGCCCGGUCUAGCAACAUUCAACGAAAUUGACCGAAAUGCCACGUCUCCGGUCUUUGACAAAGUCAUCUUCAUGGUGGUGGAUGCACUGCGCAGUGACUUUGUUUACUCGAAUGAAUCCGGAUUCUUGUUUACCCAAAGCCUGAUUCGAGAGGGGGCUGCACUGCCUUUUACUGCCCAUGCAAGCUCGCCCACGGUGACGAUGCCCCGAUUGAAAGCGAUGACCACGGGGUCGGUCCCUUCGUUCUUGGACGUUAUUCUGAACAUUGCCGAGUCAGAUACAUCAUCAACUCUUGCGUAUCAAGACACAUGGCUCGCGCAAUUAAAGGCCAGAGGAGAUCAGCUUGUCAUGUACGGGGAUGAUACGUGGCUUAAACUUUUCCCAGGGAUGUUCGAUCGAGCAGAUGGAACGACGAGCUUUUUUGUAUCGGACUUCAUAGAAGUUGACCGCAAUGUGACUCGGCAUGUGCCUCAUGAACUUGCUCGAAGUGACUGGUCAGCUAUGAUCAUGCAUUAUCUGGGCCUGGACCAUAUUGGUCACAAAUCAGGUCCGAAAAGUCCCUUUAUGGCAUCAAAACACCAAGAGAUGGAUGCAGUGGUGAACGAAAUCUAUACAGCGAUGCAGCAAAAGUCGCACCUUCAAUCCACUCUUUUCGUUUUGUGUGGUGAUCAUGGUAUGAACGAUGCUGGAAAUCACGGCGGCUCAUCCGCCGGGGAAACAUCCCCGGCACUGCUUUUCAUAUCUCCCAAAUUGCAGGCCCUGGGAGCUCAAUUGCAAAGCCCCAUUGAACAGUUGGAUGACCUCCAGUACUAUCAGACGGUCGAGCAAGCAGAUAUUACUCCAACCCUAGCGGGCCUUCUCGGCAUGCCGAUUCCUUUGAACAGCCUGGGCGUUUUUAUCCCAGAGUUUCUUGAUAUGUGGGAUUCCGGAGCUCAAAAACUACAUAUCUUGGGGCGCAAUGCUCAACAAUUACUGAACACGAUAAAAGCUACGUUCCCGAACUCUGCUUUUGACGACGACACAAUUGCAUCAAGUUGUGCAUCGGGUGCAGACUCCGGCAUUGAAGGCGCGCAGUGCGCCUGGGCACAAGUCCAGCAGCUUCGUUCAAGUAAUAUCUCGGCGGAUGAGGCCUUCUCGAUGAUCGGUCCAGCUUUGAUGCGAUUCUCGCGGGUCGCACAGGACGUAAUGAGCAGCACUGCUAGUAACUACGAUGUUUCCAGACUCUGUCUAGGCUUAAUGGUCACAGCCAUUGCGGUCUUGUUGGUUUCGCGGACCGUAUUCCACGAAUGCACGCGUUCCGCACACACUGGGGUGUUCUUGGUAUUUAUGAUCAUCGGCUAUGGCAGCAUGAUGUUUGCAAGCAGCUAUGUCGAAGAGGAGCAGCAGUUCUGGUACUGGAUCUGGUCCGGAUGGAUGUUCUACCUCCAUAUCAGAUUUGAAGCAUCUCGGCUCAGCUCUCGAAGCACCGCCGGUUCGCCUCCAGCUCGCUAUGCUGCUCUAGCCACUCUUGGGCUCGCGAUCUCCCAACGAUUUCUCAGACGAUGGAAUCAAACCGGCCAAAAGUUCGCUGCAGAACCAGACAUCGCCCGCAAAUUCUUUCCCGGCCAUCCUGCCGUCUUUUGGGGCUUGGUGAUUCUGACGUAUGUCGAUGCUGGUCGUCAUCUUUUCAAGAGUCUGCCAUCCGUGGCGUUGCUCCGUCUAAGCGCCUUGGUGCUUACAGCACUGGCCUUCAUGUUCAAAGUGAACUUCGCAGCCGCUGAUUCUCCCGAACUCCUUAUUGACUCCUUUAUAUCAAGGGCUGUGGGGACAUGGCCAGACAGUUUUUCUUUGGUUUGGCAAGCAAGACUUGUAUUUGGUGGUCUAGCCUGUUAUGUAUUAUUGGCAUUCUUCAUUCAGAAACGGUCAGGGAACGCGCGAACCCCGAGCACCCUCUUUCAUGAAGCUCUCAAUCUGUUUCUGAUGAUGCAGUCCAGAGCCACCAACAUUCCACUGUUCCUUGUAUUCCGCGUGCAAGCCAUGAUUCUUUCUGCGAUGAGUCUCGAGGGUAUUCAAGUGACCGUGACGACACUUAUACUGCAGUACAUGACUUUCUUUGCGUUUGGAGGCUCGAACGCAAUUUCUUCGGUAGAUUUGUCGAGUGCCUAUAACGGCAUUGGGAGCUAUAGCGUGAUCCUGGUGGGGGUUCUGACAUUUGUGAGUAACUGGGCAGGCCCCAUUUGGUGGGCUUCCAUGAGCAACCUGCUCAGGCCGCAACGAGACUCGGGAGUUCACAGUCCUGCUGCGUUGUCGACAUUUCAUAUAGCAGCGUCACUGGUUUCUGUGAUGGCUGCUUGUACAGCCCUGAGGACCCAUCUUUUCAUUUGGACCGUAUUUUCGCCCAAGUAUCUCUAUACCAUCGCAUGGGCGACAGCGAAUCACGUUGCGGUAAACAUGCUGGGAGGGAUCGGUCUCUCGUAUCUUCCAGCUCGGAAAUGA